UCAACUUCCCUCAACAUGGCAAUGAAUGUAAUUUCACCUGGCCUUGGGGUGCUAUCCGAUGACGAGUCUCCAGUUUUUGAAUCUACAGCUGCUGACUGUGCCUCAGGCAUUCGCAAAGAUCUUCUCAAUGAUUUCUCUGUCAUAUCACCAGGGCUAGGACACCCUUCUCAGACAAUACUUGAAGGAACUGACAAAGUAAUGGUGUAUGUUAGGAUCAGACCUUUUGUAGAUGGAGAAUUGGAUAAGAAAGAGGACCAGGGAUGUGUGGUAGUAGAAAAUCAGGAGACUCUCAUGUUGAGAGCACCAAAAGAUUCUUUUGCAAUGAAGAACACUGAACGUGGAAUGGGACAGAGUGCUCACAAAUUCAGCUUCUCUCAGAUUUAUGGGCCAGAGAUUGAUCAGAAACAAUUCUUUGAUGGGACUAUGAGGCUAGUAGUGAAGGAUGCACUAAAUGGACAAAACUGGCUGGUUUAUACAUAUGGAGUCACCAACUCCGGCAAGACUUAUACAAUUCAAGGAACAAAUAAAGAUGGUGGCAUUCUGCCUCGCUCCAUUGCCCUCAUCUUCAACAGUGCUCAGGACCGCCUAUACAAAAGCUCUGACCUUAAACCUCUCUCCAAUGAAGUUAUUUGGCUGGACAGCAAGCAAGUGCGCCAGGAGGAAUUGAAGAAGAUCUCCUUAAUUUGUAAUUUUCGUGAGGAAGAAAUUAUGACACCCAUGAAAAGGAGUGGUGGCAAUGAGUCCCAGUUUCGAGGCGGCACAAGCAUAAGCUUUGAUAGUGGAAUUGGAGGACUCUCCUCAACAAGUCAUACCAAUCAGACCAGCAUUCAGUUGGAAGAGAUGUGCUCACGAUGGGGUGAGCAAGAUAUAAUUUCACUUCAGGAGCCUUCUGAUAUUCAGCUGUCCAUUUGGGUAUCUUACUUUGAAAUUUAUAAUGAGUUUGUAUAUGACUUAUUGGAGCCUAUGCCCUCUGGCCCGAACCGUAAAAGAACAACACUGAGGCUGUGUGAAGACAGGAAUGGAAGCCCUUAUGUGAAGGACCUCAAUUGGAUAAAUGUACACAGUGCUGAUGAAGCUUGGAAAGUGCUGAAAGUUGGAAGAAAAAAUCAGAGCUUUGCCAGCACACAUCUAAAUCAAAAUUCUAGCAGAAGUCAUAGUAUCUUUUCUAUCCGGAUCCUUCAUUUACAGGGAAAGUAUGAUAUGACCCCAAAGAUCAGUGAGCUGACUUUCUGUGAUUUGGCUGGAUCUGAGCGAUGCAAAGAUCAGAGUAGUGGAGAUAGACUAAAGGAGGCUACAAAUAUCAAUACAUCUCUUCACACUUUGGGCCGCUGCAUCAGUGCCCUAAGACAGAAUCAACAAAACAAGCUGCGGCAGAAUGUGGUUCCAUUCAGGGACAGCAAGUUGACUCGAGUCUUUCAAGCCUACUUCACUGGCCGAGGAAAAUCAUGUAUGAUUGUGAACAUCAAUCAGUGUGCUUCCACCUAUGAUGAGACACUACAUGCUAUGAAGUUCUCUGCAAUUGCUAGCCAGCUGGUCCAAGCACCUCCUGUAAAAAUUAACUUGCGCACUAUUCAGUCUCUUAUCAAAGAGAGCAGUGUUCUAGCCAAUCGUAGCUACACAGAUGAUGAAGAUGCUGCAGAAGCUUCCGAUGAAGAAAGUGAUACUGAAACCGAUAUCACAAUGUUUAAUAGAGAGGAGCUGCUACAAGUCAUUGAGCAUUUAAGGCAGCUCAUGAUUAAAGAACGUCAGGAGAAAAUGGCCAUUGAGAUGAAGAUUAGGAAUGAAGUCUGUAGUGAGAUGAUGGAAAUGAUGCAGCAACAAAAAUCUCAAUUCAGCGAGACAAUGGAAGAUGAGCGAGAGCUGUUGGAAGAGCUGUAUGAGGGAAGGCUAGAGAACCUGAAAGACUCGCUCACAAACUAUUACAAGCGGGAGUUGGAGGAACGAGAUGAGCGAAUUGAGGAGCUACAAGCUGCCCUGGAGGAAGCCAAAGAUGUUCCUGAUGCAUUAAACACUACAAAAAACAAAAAAGACAGUGUUCCUCUGCGCAGAUCCAAGCGGCUGGCAACAUCUGAUAUGUCUGAAUUAAAUAAACUUAACUUGGAAAUCGCAGAUCUUAAUGCACAGUUAAAGUCCAAGAAUGAAGAAAUUGAAAGACUUAAGAUGAAUCAUGAGCCACCUUCAUCUGCAAGGACAUUCACAGCUGAAGUAGAUCGAAAGAUUCUAGAAGGGCAAAAGCAUUAUUUUCUGGGCUCUCGUCACACGUGCACAGAUUUUCAGCACACAAGAGCUCUUUGGAACAUCAGAUCAUUACGCACAGAGAUACAGAAGUUUGGAGAGUCCCUGCAGCAGAUGAAUAGAGCAUGCUGUCACACUACUGGUGCAGAAAGACUAAGACAAGCUCUGGGUACAUGCGAUGAUAUCCUAUGUAAACAGGAAAAGACUCUAGCAGAGCUACAAAACAACAUGUCCCUGGUAAAGAUGGAUCUGAGAAAAAAGACAGCUUGCAUUGCAGAGCAGUACCAUACUGUGCAACGAUUACAGGGGACACCUUCUGGCUUCAAACGCAUGUGUAACAAUGAAAAUAUGCAGCCAAACCAGUCUUCUGAGAAAAAGCCUUUCCUUCGCAACCUUCUGGGAAGGACUCCUGGACAGAGAAAUCUUAUGGAGAACAGCCCUUACAGCCGUGUCCUGAGAGCACGCCGUUCCCCUGUACUAAAGACUAUUGCAUUUGGUACCAAAUAUUGAAUAUAUGCUGCUUCACAGUGAGUGGACUCAUAGCAACACUCUCAUUGCUGAGGCUAAUGGUUGCAGUAACUUUACA